GGAUCGUCGACUCGUUUGAGGAGAGCAACAAAACUGGUGAAACAAUAAGCAAUGGCUGACUUCGAUGCUGCGGCCGCCCUUCUGCUUCUCAGUUCCGGUGGAUUGACGCCACAAACAAUAGAGAGCGAAAAGAACAAUAAUCGGAGAAGUGAUGGCGCCACCAAGGAAAACAUUAUUCCUCCUGGUCCAAUGCAUACACGUGGUUCGGCCAAUAAAGUGGCUGCGGCUCAGAAACAAAUGCCCUUGAUGAGCGCUUCCGGACGACAGCAGAGCGUCUUACAGAGAAAGGUCAUCGUACCGGAAGCGAACACGACAGCGACGCCAUUGCUGACCGUUAAACGCACGGGAUUGUAUACGCCAGAACGAGAAGCAGCAAUCGUGAAGCGAACCAGGACUCGCCUCAUCCUGCCGAAGAAAGAACAGCCGACGCUAUCACCCGGACAUAAUUCGCCCGAGAAGCUGCUGAGUCGAUGGGAUGAUAGUAGGACCUCAUCGCCAAUCAUUCCAACGAUCGCAGCGAUCGGUCAGCCUAUCGCUGCGAGCGGUUUUGAUCGAAACGAUGGCAGUGGCAGCGAUGGUGAACUGGAGCGUCUGCUGAACAAGAAAGCAUAUGCCAGUCCCGGAAUGCACGGAUUUGCGAUGCAGCUGAAUGCCGGCACGGAAAACCGCUACGACGACAGCUCACCGGAACCGCUUAUUAUCACCAGAAGCAUGAAAGUGGAGACUCCUGCUACCGACUCCAGCACCAUCAGUGGAAUCCACAAGGUGUUGUACGAUGAUGAAGGCGAUGGCCCUUCCGAUGCUGCCACUGUUUCCGCCCCGUCCGCCGCAGCUAGUGGAUCUCACAGUGAGCCAAACCUUCGCCCUGUCCGGAACUCGAUUGGUAUCGGUUUGGUGAAGGCGGAGGAGAAGGCACAACUUUCACCAUCCGAUUCUGGCAACUCUUCCAUUCACGACGAAAUACUGCAAUCCGGACUGAUCAUACAGGCGUGGACGAGGGGAUCCGACAUUAGCGCAGGACUUCCGGACAAUGUACAGAUAGAGCUGCAUAACAUUCUGCAGACAUCGCUGUACAACAAGGAGUGCUACACGAAGGAGAAAAUGGCGGAAUUCCCGAUGGAUGUUGGCUACCAUCCAAAUAAAUCGCGGCUUCGUAGAGAGUAUUUAAACGAUGCCGAGGCAGCGGAUCGCGCGAAGAAUAAUCUUGCCUCGCGCCGUUCUCGUCACAAGAAAAAGAUGGUCACGCAGCUGAUGAACAUCAGCCUGGAGUACGAUCGCCAGGAAAACCGCGAACUGUUCAUGCAGGAGCGCUGGCUGACGAAUUUGAUCUUCGAGCUGGAGGACAAGGCGCUACAGCAGGGUAUCGAUACGCAGGUGUUACGGAAACUACGAGCGGAUUGUGGCUUUCAGUGA